CAUUGGGAAAUGAAGCGUAAAAUAAUUCCAUUUUUACAUUUCUCUUCAUUCUUAUUAUACCCCUAUCCUUGAAACCAGCUGCAUGCCCCUCCUCCUUCUCCCCCUAUCUUCUUCUUCUUCUUCUUCUUCCCUUUCCUUCCUCUGCUUACUCUUCAAACUUUCCUUCUCUUUAUCCAUUUUGCUUCCAUACAACUACCCCUCUUAACUUCCCCUAUAUUUAUUCUUUCCCUAUUUUGCUUUCGGUCUACAACAAGCUAGAAGUCCCCAGCUUUACUUAUUUUCUCCUCUAAAACUAAGUCUGAAUAAAUUAACACCAACUUGUAAGCCAAUCUCUACUACUUCUAGCCAACACCUUUUAAUUUAUCAUCAGAAUCAUUCAAGAGGGAGAAAAUGAGUGAACUACAACAUUCAUCGGAAACUGAAAGCAGCUCCAACUCAUCGCCUUCAUCUCCUAACUCACAAGGCUCACUUCAAAACCCAAAACCUGACACCCAAAACAGCACUACCACCAACAACCAAGACUCCAAAAAGAUGAAAAGAAUCAGAGACUCCAGCAAGCACCCCGUAUAUCGCGGCGUUCGUAUGAGAACCUGGGGCAAAUGGGUCUCCGAAAUCCGGGAGCCACGCAAAAAGUCUCGUAUUUGGCUUGGAACUUUCCCCACCCCAGAAAUGGCAGCACGAGCUCACGACGUGGCUGCCUUGAGCAUCAAGGGUAACUCCGCAAUUCUCAACUUCCCCGCACUUGCUAACUCACUGCCUCGACCUGUCUCGCUCGCUCCACGUGAUGUACAAGCCGCGGCGGCUAAAGCAGCUCAAAUGGACAAAUUUGACUCGGCAUCAGUAUCAUCAUCGUCAUCUUCGUUAUCUUCUUUGGUUUCAGCUAUGGAUUUGUCAACUGGGUCAGAUGAGUUGACUGAGAUAGUGGAAUUGCCCAGUUUAGGUACCAGUUAUGAUUAUGAUUCGGCCGAGUUGAGGAAUGAAUUCGUGUAUGUUGACCCUGUAGAUGGCUGGAUGUAUACACCACCUUGGUUACAAAGCGUAGAGGAUUGCGAUGGGUAUGUGUGUGAUCAGUUUGAACUGCCAGAAAGCAGUGUUUUUUCAAAUAGCUUUGGAGAAGGUUUGCUGUGGAAUUCUUAAUGGCUGUGUUCUGUAAAUUAAUCUAAAUGUGUGCUUCUUUGACUGUGAGUGCAAUAAUUUUCCUCCCUUUCUAAGCCCUUUUGGUUUUUCUUUUGAAGGGCUACAAAACUCCAUCUCUCUCUCUCUGUUCAUCUCUUGUUUCUGGAGUUUAUGUAACUGGCUUGUUAAUGAAUGUAACUAUACAGUGUUGGAAUGGACAGAGGAAAAACGCCAUUAAUUCCUUUUC